AUGAGUUCUCCAUCUGGCCAGAUCGGUGCUGCGGUGGUCCCCCCUAGGGAUCAGAUUGAUUAUGGACCGCAGGGUACAUUCAAACUUGACCUUUCGAACCCUCCCACGAUCGAGGGGUUAGAGCGGAAGCUCAAGGGCCGUGAGAAUUACGACAUGUGGUGCAACAGAGUGCGAAUUGUCUUGAAACCGCUCCAUUACUUUCAGCUGCUUGAUAGCUCGAUUCCUCGUCCUUCGAUUGACGAUGCAGAGGACUUUAAGAUCUGGCUCAAGCACUCAGAGUGGACGGUUUAUUGGAUCAAGCAGCAAUUGUCGGAUGACAUGCUCAAUCAGGUCGAGAUGUCAUCUGGCGCCUCCGAAUACGCUGACGAACUGUGGGAUGAAUUGCGUCGUCUCUGCGUUGGCUCCGGCAGUAGGAGGUCUGAAUCGCUUCUUCUUAACGCCAUUCAUUGCGAUAGGAAUAAGUUCGAUUCGCUCGCCGCCUACAUAAAGGGUUUUCAGCAAGCGGUUGAAGUUUGUUCGACCAUUCAUUGUCCCAUUACCCCGUGGAUGGCGACCCUCAUAUUGCUCGAUGGCAUUCGAAAUGAAUUGCCUGUUUUCUACGACCUAACCCACCAUUCGUUGAAGGAUGAUAUGGCUACUACAAUGGAGUGGUCCCAUUUUAAGAAGAUCGCGGAUGAAGCGGUCCUUUCAGCGAACCAGAUUAUCAACACCUCCUCUGCAGCACCCGCGGCAAAGGGCAGAAAGGGAAAGAAUUCCCCUACGAACGCUCCUCCUGUUGAGAAUACUUCUUCCUCGUUCACCUACCCUCCCCGGAAGCCAGAGAACGGUAUGCGUGACUACACUCUUGCCGAAAAAUGGCGGAAUCUUCCUGAAGACAAGAAGAUGGUCGACAAGGUGUGUGCCUACUGCAAAAUUCGUGGCCACAAAACGACGAAUUGUUUCUAUCUUGCCCCUCAUAUCUGUCCUGAUGACUGGUUGCCCGUGGAGGGCAUGUAA